UACCCCGUCUUUUCUGUAGGGCAGUGUGUAACGUUAAGCCACAAACACAUCCAGUUAUAAAGAUGUCGGCAGUUUGUGUUGCCUUGAGUCGAAAUGUUUUGGCUUUAAGGAAUUCAGGGAUGAUGGUGAUGGUGCGGUACGCUCAGACUGCCGCUGCCCCGGCUCCUGAACCCAGGGUCAAGAAGUUCCAGAUUUACCGCUGGGACCCUGACACCACUGGAGACAAACCACGAAUGCAGACGUAUGAAAUUGAUCUCAACACCUGUGGUCCAAUGGUUCUGGAUGCCCUCAUUAAGAUCAAGAACGAGAUUGACCCCACACUCACAUUCAGACGCUCCUGCCGUGAGGGUAUCUGCGGCUCAUGUGCCAUGAAUAUAAAUGGUGGCAACACGCUGGCAUGCCUUAACAAAAUUGACACCAGCACAAGCAAACCGACCAAAAUAUACCCGCUCCCACACAUGUAUGUGGUCAAGGAUCUGGUGCCUGAUAUGAGCAACUUCUAUGCACAGUACAAAUCCAUUGAGCCCUACCUGAAAAAGAAGGGUGAAACUCGAGAAGGGAAGGAGCAGUAUAUCCAGUCUGUGGAGGACAGGCAAAAACUGGACGGCCUGUAUGAGUGCAUCCUCUGUGCUUGCUGCAGCACCAGCUGUCCCAGCUACUGGUGGAAUGGAGACAAAUACCUGGGACCUGCUGUCCUAAUGCAGGCAUACCGGUGGAUUAUUGACUCCCGUGAUGAAUUCACUGAGGAACGUCUGUCUAAACUUCAGGACCCCUUCUCACUCUAUCGCUGCCACACUAUCAUGAACUGCACUAAGACUUGCCCCAAGGGACUCAACCCAGGAAAGGCCAUUGCACAGAUCAAGAAAAUGAUGGCAACUUACAAAGAGAAGAAAACAGCAGCUUCAUGAACAUCUGAAAACCCAGCAGGUUCAAGAUCCCCUCAUAAUACCUUCAACUAAGUUAAGAGGAAGAGAAAACCAAGCAGGAACUUUUGCCUGCAUCAGCACCUUUCGUUAAUAUCAUGAGUACGAGUGAGGCAACACAUUGGACCACUAUUUAUCUGUGAAUGUGAAACUACUAGGGUCUGUUGUACUUACUACUUAGGAAUAGCUCAUGAAAUUGUAUUCAGACUGUAACGAUUUAAAUAUGUGUUGUGUAUGUGCUGGAUUCAUUAUCAAGGUGAAAUAUAUGUUUUUGAAUGACGAAAGAACACAUUACCCAUAUUGAUCGCGUUUAUAAUUUACAUUGCAAUAACCUAUAUUGAAGGAUCUAAUGAGACAUUUUUAAUUGCCAAAAAAGACUUCACACAAAAAUAAACAGCCCUAAAUAACAA